CAGAACACUUUGCAGAACACCCACCACGGAAGAAAGGCAGAACAAGAGCACUGGUCUGACAAUGAGAUAAUGAGAGGAAGGCAGAGGGGUGAACAACGAGAAAGACGACAUAAUACUAAGAGUACAAACUGAAGAAAACAAAGAUGGAGUUGUGGCGGCAGUGUGCAAUGUGGCUGAUCGACUGUCGAGUUCUUCCUGACAACCACCGGGUCACAUGUGAAGGCGCUCAGGUGUGUGACCUGGCUCAAGCUCUGAGAGACGGUGUGCUGCUCUGCCAGUUGCUCAACAACCUGCUUCCUCAGGCCGUCAACCUGAGAGAGAUCAACCUGCGCCCACAGAUGUCCCAGUUCCUGUGUCUGAAGAACAUCCGGAUGUUUCUGGGAGUUUGUCAGGAGAAGUUUCGUCUGAAGAAGAGUGAGCUGUUUGAAGCCUUCGACCUGUUUGAUGUCCGAGACUUUGGAAAGGUCAUAGACACUUUGUCCAUCCUCUCUCAUACGACUGUUGCUCUACAAAGAGGAAUACAGCCUUUUCCUUCAGAGGGAUGCACUGCUGAUGAUGAGAUCUACAGCGGCCUUUCUGACCUGAUAGAUGACACGGUGGACGAUGAUGACGACUUGUACGACUUUGUGGAGGACGAGGAGAACGAAGGAGACGAGAUCUACGAAGAUUUGAUGAGGACAGAUGAACAAUCAGGAGCUCAGCAGAAGGUCGGGGUGGACAAACGAGAGUGCUGCCUGCAGGAGAUCAGACAGACGGAGGAGAAAUACACAGAUACACUCGAAUCGAUAUUACAGCACUUUAUGAAGCCUCUUGAAAAGUUUCUUCAAGUUCAGGACAUCGAGACUAUCUUCAUCAAUAUUAAGGAGUUAGCGAUCACUCAUCGUAAUUUGUUGGAAGAGGUUCGGACAUCAGUCUUAACUUAUGGAGCCAAAAACUUGCACCAGGUGUUUAUGAGCUACAAAGAGAGGCUCCUACUGUACGGACGUUACUGCAGCCAGGUGGAGACGGCGACGAAACAUCUAGACAAGCUCUCCUGUAUGAGAGAGGAUAUCAGGAUGAAACUGGAGGAGUGUUCAAAUCGAGCAAACAGUGGACGUUUUUCUCUCAGAGAUUUACUCAUGGUGCCAAUGCAGAGGGUCCUAAAGUAUCACCUGCUGUUACAGGAGCUAAUGAAGCAUACAACUGACCCUGCAGAUAAAGAGAACCUCCGCUCUGCUUUAGAUGCCAUGAGAGACUUGGCACAGUGUGUGAACGAGGUGAAGCGAGACAAUGAGAUCAUGAGACAGAUCACCUCCUUCCAGCUGUCCAUAGAAAACAUGACACAGUCUCUAGCCUUGUUCGGUCGCCCCAAAAUCGACGGAGAGCUAAAGAUCUGCACCCCGGAGAAAAAGUCCAAACAGGACAGGUAUGCCUUCCUCUUCGAUAAGGCCAUGUUUGUCUGUAAGAAGAAGGGGGGAGAGUCUUUUGAACUUAAGGAGAUCAUUGAACUGCAGCACUACCAGAUACGAGAUGAACCAACGGGAGAAAAGGACAAAAAGAAGUGGUCUUAUUUGUUCCUUCUACUUGACUGCUACGGGAAGUAUGGGUACGAUUUAUAUUUCAAAACCAGAGAACUGAAGAAGAAAUGGCUGGAGCAGUUUGAGAUGGCUCUGUCAAACAUGUGUCCUGAAAACUCCACAGCCAACAACCACGACUUCCAGAUGCACUGCUUUGAGGAAACCACCUGCUGCAAAGCCUGCUCCAUGCUGUUAAGAGGGAUAUUUUUCCAGGGAUACCGCUGCACGCGGUGUAAGAUGGCAGCUCAUAAAGAAUGUUUAGGCAGAGUCCCUGCAUGUGGACGGAACUCAGAUCAUACUGGCACUGUACGAAAGGCUAAAGCUAAUAGAUCUUCUGCACAUUCAAACAUUGGAUUUCCUAAAAUGGAGGUGUGUCAGGAAUACUACGGCCUUCCUCCGCCCCCUGUAGGCUUCGGCCAACCCCUCCACCUGUCCAGGGGUGACAUCAUUGAGCUGAGUCGGGCUGAUGCUGACCUGGCGUGGUGGGAGGGAAGAAAUCUGACAGUCGGACAGAUGGGAUGGUUCCCUUGCCAGAAAGUUCAGCCCUACAUCUCUAGGCCAACCCCUGACCUAUCUGGCUUCCACUGGUUUGCAGGGAACAUGGACAGAAACGCUGCCAAAAACAUGCUGAUGUCUCGAUCUGAUGGGACCUUCCUGGUGAGGCAGAAAGACGGAGGAGAGUUCGCCAUCAGCAUCAAGUUCAACAUGGACAUCAGGCACAUAAAGAUCACGUCCGCUGAAGGCCUUUAUCGUAUCAAUGACAAGAAAGCGUUCAAGGGUUUAGUGGAGUUGAUUGAGUUUUACCAGAAGAACUCUUUGAAGGAGUACUUCAAGGAAGUAGACACCACGUUAAGUACGCCGUACAAACAACCAGAGCAAAGUGCCUCGCCAAACCACACGCCAAACACAACACCAGGAGGCAGCAUGAAGAGUUUCGGCGUAGCGAGGGCCAGGUACGACUUCUCCGCCCGGGACCGCUCAGAGCUGUCACUGCGGGAAGGAGACACUAUCAAGAUCCUCUCAAAGAAAGGUCACAGCGGCUGGUGGAAGGGAGAGGUGUACGGCCGGGUGGGGUUGUUUCCAGCCAACUAUGUGGAGGAGGAUUACUCCGACUACUGCUGACACGGCUCCAGAGAUGUGCAGACCCUCAGUGUGUCAGGGGUCUGCGAGGAGUCUGGUUCCAGCUAUUGCAUUAAUGCACGAGUGUGGCUGUGAGUGAGAGAGAGAGAGGUGCUCUGUGAUCUAAAGACUGUCCAGUGAUGUGAAUAAAACUUUUGGUAAUCUGA